GUCCGCUGUCACGGUGGCUCCAACCAGCGGCAGUAAUCUAGGACAAGACCAGGGUGAGCAACGACUUACGACUUACCUACCCAGGUAGUCUAGUACCUAACCUGACCUGCCAAAGUCACUAGGUAAAACAAGAAAGAAAAACUAGAAAAUCUUCGACAUUUUUUUGGUUUUUGUUUAUUUUUCUGCGAAAAUUAUAAUAGGAAAAGGGGUUGAUCUGUGCAACUAAAGCACUGUACCUUCCUUGCCUUUACCCUCGUCUAACCUGAAGUACAUGUCCGCCCGCAGCUCGCAGCUGACAGGGUCGCUUGGUUCCUUGUUCAUACCCGGCUGCUCAGGCACACGGAGGGCCAAGACAUCUGGGAGAUCUGCCCGGGGCGAAGUGACCCAGGAAGAGACCGUGUACAUCCAUGACCAUCUAGUGUCAUGGGGGCAUAAAGAGGGGACCGCCCACCCCAAAUUCGGCUUUUCAGCACAAGGGGUGGGAAAGGACGAGCAAAAGGAAACGGGAAAGGAAAAGCGCGCCCGUCAAAUGUUUCGACCAGAGAGCAUGAAUGUGGCGGCAGGGGGCUCCUCCCAAACAAGCAUCAAACAGACGAAAACCCUCACCUGUACAAACAAACAAGCUCGCGAGGCCUCUUUCCCCUUUCCCGUCCUUGCUCUUGCCCUAACGCACGUUGGCAGCCGGGGCUGUUGCCUGUCUCCGGAUUUGUUUAAACAUGUUCGGCCCUGUACGCACCCGGCCUCCGUGUACCGGCUCCUCGCCAGGCCUACAUCCGGGUGAGAGCCGCCUGAGGCAUGGUGCGUGUUUGAGAGGUCGCAAUACCAUCGUCGUCUUCGCCGCCGUCGCGGGGUUCUACUAUCGUGGCCGG